AUGGGCGCGCCGGUGUCGCCCUAGGACAGGCGCGCGGAGACCGCAGCCUAGGCAGCGAGCCUUCCCGGGCGGCGGCGGCGGCGGCGGCGGCAGCGGCAGCAGCGGUAGCGGCAGGAGCAGCUCGGCCGGGAUGAGCGGCGCGGCGCCCGGCCCCGGCUCGGGCUCCUCCCCGGCCGCCUGCCGCUUCGCGCACUACUUCGUGCUCUGCGGGAUCGACGCAGACAGUGGGCUGGAGCCCGACGAGCUGGCGGUUUUGUACCAAUGGCUAGAAGCAGAUCGUCAUGGCAAGAGCCAAGAUGCUGCAAAUACGACUUCAGGUGAAAAUUUUGACCAGAGUCCUUUGAGAAGAACAUUCAAAUCCAAAGUUCUGGCCCACUAUCCUGAGAAUAUAGAAUGGAAUCCUUUCGAUCAAGAUGCAGUGAACAUGUUGUGCAUGCCUAAAGGGCUGUCUUUCAGAACUCAAACUGACAAUAAAGACCCUCAGUUCCACUCAUUUAUAAUUACCCGGGAAGAUGGUUCUCGUACCUAUGGUUUUGUUCUCACUUUUUAUGAAGAAGUUACCAGUAAGCAGAUCUGCACAGCAAUGCAGACGCUCUACCAGAUGCACAACGCAGAGCAUUACAGCAGCGUGUAUGCCUCAUCCUCCUGCAGCAUGGAUUCGCUGGCAAGCAGUACUGACGAAGGAGAUACAACUUCCCUUUUGAAACUCCAGCGCUACAACUCCUAUGACAUCAGCAGAGACACCCUGUAUGUUUCAAAAAGUAUAUGUUUGAUCACACCACUGCCUUUCAUGCAGGCCUGCAAAAAAUUCCUCAUCCAGCUUUACAAGGCAGUUACCUCACAGCAGCCGCCACCCUUGCCGCUUGAGAGCUACAUCCAUAACAUUCUUUAUGAAGUACCCCUUCCACCUCCGGGGAGAUCACUGAAAUUUUAUGGUGUUUAUGAACCUGUCAUCUGCCAGAGACCUGGGCCCAAUGAACUCCCCCUCUCCGAUUACCCUCUUCGAGAGGCCUUCGAGCUUCUGGGAUUGGAGAACCUGGUGCAGGUGUUUACCUGUGUUCUUUUAGAGAUGCAGAUUCUUCUCUACUCUCAAGAUUAUCAACGCUUGAUGACUGUGGCAGAAGGCAUCACCACACUUUUGUUCCCAUUUCAAUGGCAGCAUGUUUAUGUGCCCAUCCUCCCUGCUUCUCUGCUACAUUUUCUUGAUGCUCCUGUCCCUUAUCUGAUGGGCCUUCAGUCAAAAGAAGGAACUGACCGUUCUAAACUAGAACUUCCUCAAGAGGCUAAUUUGUGUUUUGUGGAUAUUGACAACCAUUUUAUUGAAUUGCCUGAAGAGUUUCCACAGUUCCCCAAUAAGGUGGAUUUUAUCCAGGAACUCUCUGAAGUGCUUCUUCAGUUUGGUAUCCCUCCUGAGGGCAGUCUCCAUUGCAGUGAGAGUGCCACAAAACUGAAGAAUCUGGUUCUUAAGGACUUGGUUAAUGACAAGAAGAAUGGCAAUGUCUCCACUCAUAACAUCAGCAUGUAUGAGUUACUGAAGGGCAAUGAAACCAUAGCCCGCCUCCAAGCUUUGGCCAAGCGGACUGGUGUGACCGUGGAAAAAAUGGACCUCUCUGCCUCUCUGAGUGAAAAAGAAAAGGAUUUAAAGCUGCAGUGUGAAGAGGCUGAGCUAAGGGACUACCAGCUCAAUGUGCAGCUCCGCGAGGUCUUUGCCAACCGCUUCACACAGAUGUUUGCAGAUUACGAAGCAUUUGUGAUUCAGACUGCCCAGGACAUGGAGUCCUGGCUUACCAACCGAGAACAGAUGCAGAACUUUGACAAAGCUUCCUUUCUGUCUGACCAGCCUGAGCCUUACCUGCCAUUUCUUUCACGCUUCAUUGAAACACAGAUGUUUGCUACCUUUAUUGAUAAUAAAAUUAUGUCUCAGUGGGAAGAGAAAGAUUCUUUGCUACGGGUCUUUGACUCUCGGAUUGAGAAGAUAAGACUGUAUAAUGUAAGGGCACCCACCUUGAGGACAUCUAUCUAUCAGAAAUGCAGCACUUUAAAAGAAGCAGGUGAACUCUUUAGGCAGAGGCUAUCUGCUGUUGAUAUUGUGGCACCAGAACCGCAUGAUUUCUGUGCAGAAAGACAAGUUAAUACCCAAUCAAUUGAGCAGCGACUAAUGAAAAUGGAUCACACUGCAAUCCACCCACAUCUGCUUGAUAUGAAAAUUGGUCAAGGCAAAUAUGAGCAAGGGUUCUUUCCAAAGCUACAGUCUGAUGUCUUGGCAACAGGACCAACUAAUAACAAUCGCUGGGUGAGUCGCAGCGCCACUGCGCAGCGCAGGAAAGACCGCCUUCGCCAACAUUCCGAGCACAUUGGAUUGGACAACGACCUGAGGGAGCCUUCCGGGGAACUUUUGGUCUGUCAGAACUCCAUGGCAUUCUGGGAGUGGGAUCAGGGUCUACCUCCUCCUGCACGACUUCCUAAAAAAUCCUUCUCUGAGUGCUGCCUGAAAUAUAUGCAAGAGGCGCGAAGUUUAGGAAAAAACCUGAGGCAACCCAAAUUGUCAGACCUUUCUCCUGCAGUGAUUGCACAGACCAACUGCAAAUUUGUAGAAGGCUUAUUAAAAGAAUGUAGAAUGAAGACAAAACGCAUGUUGGUGGAGAAGAUGGGACAUGAAGCAGUGGAACUGGGCCAUGGAGAAGCAAACAUAACCGGCUUGGAGGAGAACACCUUGAUCGCCAGUCUCUGUGACCUGCUGGAAAGGAUAUGGAGCCACGGCUUGCAGAUUAAGCAGGGGAAGUCAGCUUUGUGGUCACAUUUAAUUCAGUUUCAGGACAGAGAAGAGAAACAAGAGCAUCUUGCAGAAUCACCAGUUGCCCUUGGACCAGAAAGAAGAAAAUCUGACUCAGGAGUUAUGUUGCCAACACUCAGGGUCUCUCUUAUCCAAGACAUGAGGCAUAUUCAAAACAUGAGUGAGAUCAAGACUGACGUCGGACGAGCUCGGGCAUGGAUAAGACUGUCUCUAGAAAAGAAGCUCUUGUCCCAGCAUCUCAAGCAGUUGCUCUCCAACCAGCCACUCACCAAGAAGCUUUAUAAGCGUUAUGCUUUUCUACGGUGUGAAGAAGAAAGAGAGCAGUUUCUUUACCAUCUUCUUUCCCUCAAUGCUGUUGACUACUUCUGCUUCACCAGUGUGUUCACCACUAUCAUGAUUCCCUAUAGGUCAGUGAUCAUCCCCAUCAAAAAGCUGAGCAAUGCAAUCAUCACAUCGAAUCCUUGGAUCUGUGUAUCAGGGGAGCUAGGAGACACGGGAGUAAUGCAGAUUCCAAAAAAUCUCCUUGAAAUGACUUUUGAGUGCCAGAACUUGGGGAAGCUGACCACUGUUCAGAUUGGUCACGAUAACUCAGGACUGUUAGCCAAAUGGCUAGUGGAUUGUGUCAUGGUCAGAAAUGAGAUCACAGGACAUACUUACAGGUUCCCAUGUGGACGAUGGUUAGGGAAAGGCAUUGAUGACGGAAGCCUGGAGAGAAUCCUUAUUGGGGAAUUAAUGACCUCAGUGGCUGAUGAGGAUCUGGUAAAGCAGUGUCGGACUCCACCCCAGCAGAAAUCCCCCACCUCAGCUCGGAGACUGAGCAUCACUUCACUGACAGGAAAAACCACCAAACCCAAUGCUGGACAGAUCCAAGAAGGAAUUGGGGAAGCUGUAAACAAUAUUGUGAAGCAUUUUCAUAAACCUGAAAAAGAGAGAGGAAGCCUCACGGUGUUGCUGUGUGGAGAAAAUGGCCUGGUUGUGGCACUUGAACAAGUCUUCCACCAUGGCUUCAAAUCUGCCCGCAUCUUUCACAAGAAUGUCUUCAUCUGGGAUUUCAUAGAGAAAGCGGUUGCUUAUUUUGAAACCACUGACCAGAUUCUAGACAAUGAAGACGAUGUCCUUAUUCAGAAAUCAUCCUGCAAAACCUUCUGCCACUAUGUAAAUGCUAUUAAUACCGCACCCAGGAACAUUGGAAAGGACGGCAAAUUCCAGAUUUUAGUUUGCCUUGGAACACGGGAUCGCCUGCUCCCACAGUGGAUCCCACUCUUAGCCGAAUGUCCUGCCAUUACCCGAAUGUAUGAGGAGAGUGCCCUCCUGCGAGACCGCAUGACUGUCAACUCUCUCAUCCGCAUUCUGCAGACCAUUCAGGACUUCACCAUAGUCUUGGAAGGAUCACUCAUCAAAGGAGUGGAUGUGUAACCCAACUGGCUAGAAGCUCUCAGUCCAGACCCCUUGCUCCUGAACCUUCCCCAACUAUGGGGACCGAUUUGGACUUGUCUGAUAAGGUAGUGAGUCACUGCAGGGGGCAACACACCAUAUUCCCCAAUUUGAACAAUCCUCACACUACAGACAAGGCAAAAUGCUGUAUUGUAGUUCAUUUGAACCUGGAAUUUAGUAUAAAAUAGAGUAUUUUCAUGUGUUAGAUGUGUGUAAAUAUGCUAUCUUCUUUAAGAAAUUAUAUUACUCUAAUAAGAUACUUUUCUUAGAUUGAAUAUUCCUGUGACUUAACAUAAGUAGCUUAACCACAUUGGGAGUUGGGAGGGAAAGAGUGGUGCUAGCCAGGAAGAAGCCAGUAAACACGUUAUUACAGUGCAACCCAGUCGGGCUUUUUUUUUCCCUCCAGGUAUCACAAAGGAACCCAGAAUGCAUUGUUAUGUCGUAGCCAUCCAUCCUGGUGUGUCUGAUCCUUUGUAUUGUGAAUGUAAACAGCUUUACCUACUGUAUGUGAUAGUCCUCACUUCUAUAUUUUAAGUUACAAUUGGUUUCAUACAUUUGAAUUGAGUCACUUCUCCAGUCUUUUGGAAAAUCUUUUUCCGUCGGCACAAGAUAAAGAUACAGUUCAAAUAUUUUAAAUACUGGACCCCAGGAGCUUGGCUGAACUGGAAAGAGAACACACAAAGCCCUGAGAAGUAUGUUAAAUUGUAGGAUUAUCACUUCUUUACACUUUGGAAAGAUUAGCCUAGACUAACUUCAUUCUUGGCAUUUUUAUUCUUGUUAUGUGAGGUACUUUGAGGAGAUGUGAAUUUCAAAGUGUUGGUCUUACAGUUAUAAGAACUGCAAACGGCAGUUUGAUUCUGCACUUAUAAUUUGGCCAUCUAAACCCUGCAGCAGUUCUUACCUCAAGGAUAAUCUCAAACCCUGUCUUUGUUAGGUUCCAGUCACCUCCCCCCCUUCCUGUGCCCAUCCCCCUCUCAGGAAAUGGAAGGAAUGUCUAAGAAGGAGGAGGGCUUGGUGUAGCUUGGAAUGUUUUUGUGAAAGUAUUUGUUGACCAUGAUAAUGCAAAUAACAGAGGGAAAGAGAAAGAAUGAACCCUUUCUGGGUGUUUCAGGGCAAGUUUUAUGUUCCUUUUCUAAGAAGGGGUAAUAAAUGUAAAACAACUGGCCCAGAGAAGGUAAAAGCCAGUACAGCAUAGACUGACAAAAUGGGAGCAGAACCAGAGGCGACAGUUUUGAAAGACCAAACAUUGUGAGUAACUUUCCAGUUGGGUAUUUUAUAAGGAAGUUAAAUAAAUGUGGUAUUAGCUAGUUACCUUAAGACUUCGUUUAUGGUAGGUCCUGUAACCAGUUAGGCAUUUGCACAUUGUUAGCAGUGAAAUUGCCCCAGCACUGCGCCGGGUUUUAUUCCCAGUUGUGGCUGAGAAGCAAAGCCAUGGCCUCUCAGGACCCCCGUACGAUCUUGAGGGUCCUGGGCUUUAGCCAACAGUAUUGUUUCUCUUCUUUCCUGAAGGAAGAAACUAAUGAACAAGUGCCUCACUCCCUUAUCAAGCACUGUAUUCAGCCAGGCGACCAAGGCACAUCCCCUUUUAAUAUCUAACUUAGUAUUUGAGGAGGAACGGGGAGUUGAAGGCCGCAUUUAGAGACCCACGAAGGGUUUAAGGACAGGUUUUUGGGUGACUUGGUGGACUGGAGAUUUGUUCACCUGAGUCUAAAGUGUGUCUGCGUGACAACGCAGCUCUUCCAGGAUCAUGGAAAGUCUAUUAUGGGAGACGUCCAGAACCCAUUUCACACAGGUUCUUGUGUUGCCGUGAUCAGAAACCACUGAAUGAUCAGGGCAGGGUUUUAUUCUUAUUACCUUCCUCAUAAGACCAUGCUUCUGGCACACUCUGGGCAGCCGAAGGAUGACUUAGGUGAGCAGGCUAGCAUUGAGUGACCAUUUUACAGAUGGGAACACUUGAGGAUCGGAGAGGUUAAAUUCUUACCCCACAGCUGGUCAGUGACGAGUCUAGAAUUCAUGUUUUUUAUUACACCAAGACUGCGUGACACUGAGCUCCGAGGCAUUCAUAUUAAGUCUUUGUACCCCUGGAUCUUUAUUCAUACACCCAAGCAAGUAGGAUAUAAAUAUUACUAUCCAUUUAUAAUAAGCAUUUAUAAGGAUUAACAUUCUUUUUAACAAAUGGUUCUGAAGUGGUUGAGAAUUACAUGUUAUAAAAACUGGGAGCAAAAUUGGAUUUGGGGCCUAUGAAUAAAACCAUUACAUUAAAAGUAAUACCCAAAAAUAAAUUAUACGUAAAGUUUUAUCCCACUCUGUGUGAUAGGACCAUAACAAUGGGAAUGACCGCUUUCACAAGAAAUAGUCACACCAGAUGACACAUCUUCUAGAGUGCUGGGCCCUUUGAAUUGGUCACAUCAGGAGCCCAUAUACUUAUUCCAGUGAUACAGCCAGGACUCCAAACAUGUGGGGACCUCCUUCUGAGCCAUCUGAAUGGCCUACAGCCCAUUCUUUUGAGUAUUGCCAGUGAUGGUAAAUCUUGACCUUUCAGAAGAAAUUUAAUAUUCGGAAACAACAAAAAGUCCUUACGAUCCAAAUUGAUUAAUAAAAAGGAUGCUUAAGCAGAGUUUGAGGCCGCAAGGAAAUUAUUCUAAAGAAAUAAGACUUCUCUCUUAUGUGGCUUAUAACUCUCCCUAAGCCAAUACCAGAAUAUUUUGAGCAGGACAGUAGCAGAACCUUUAGAAUAAAUGUACAUAACCGACUUUUGGAAGGACCGUACCUAUUUAGAGGUAUCCUUUUUGCUAUAUUAAUUUUUUAAAUCAGUAUAUUGCUUUAUAUAAUCACACCUCAAAGUUUAAGUAAAAAUCAACUUUGUAAUUUUUUUUUUCCUCAGAAUAAAUUAAAAGUAAUGCCUGGAACCAUAAUUAGUAUUUUCACAUGAUAAUAGCUUAAGAGGAAAUUAUUUUAAAACUAAAUUGCCAAAAAUAUUACCUCUUGAAACAUCUAAUUUCCAAGUGUUUUCCAAAUGUCCUGAAACUCCUAAUGUCAGCCUUUCUGACAGCGGCAUUACACUUGUUGGUAUUACGUGUGAGGCCCUGCAAGCGGUGCCUGGUUGGGGCUCACCAAUGCCAUAAAAACUACUGAGGCUCAGUGUGGAGUAGCAUAAAGUGCCAUUCCAGCUGGGGUAAAAUCGGCCUCAUAGAGAACAAAAGCAAGGCUUCCCAAGGCGCCCUCUCCCUCCCCUUUCCCACUGGGAGCAAGAAUCUGAUAUAAGAAACCUAAAUCUUGCAAGAGUCUGCAGUUGCCCUCUAAAAUUUAUUUUAAAUGUUGCAGACAUUUUUGAAUCUUUGUGACCCUGUGAUAUUUACUUUAACAAGCCUUUUUAAAAAAUCAUUUUAAUGAGCUUCUGUCACACUACAUGAAUGAUGAAUGAUACAGGGGAAAUACUGAAUUGCUUGUAUCUUUUUUUUGGAAUAAAGCACUGUUGUAUGUAAAUGUAAGUGGAAGAGAGGUAGAAACUAUACGUAACAGUUCGUGUGUAGUAUAUGUUGAUGCCUCUAAGAUAUUUUGAAACAGGAGGCAACAGAUGUGGACCUCAGAUCCCCAGGGAAAUAUUUAUUUGACAGCAUUGAAAGUGUAGCUCUUAAUCGAAAUAUCUUCUUUCUGCUAAGAAUUAUGAUUUUUCAGUAGAUUUUCACUUUGAGUAUUGUAUUUUCUUUGUGAGGUUUACAGAAGCUAUCCUUUUCAACAUGUUGAAGGGACAAUCUGAACCUUAGCUAUUUAUAUUUCAGUAUUAACAUGCCUUCAUUGAGAAUGGAGUCGUGGGCUCCUCUCUACUUUUAUAAAAUGAAUCCUGUUUCCAAGUCAUCAGUUUCUUUUGAAGUCCCUGUUUCUUUCCUAAGCAUUUGUUACAUUACCAUUUAGCUUUAAAAAGAGACAGAAACGAAUAAUAAACUUCUAGGUCCUUUAUUCCUAUUAAAAUACAUUUACAAAUCUCUUGGAUUUCCAACCUGUUUUGAAGAGGGUACUGAUGAUCAGAGGAAUCCAAGAAGAAAUGCAUUGUCCCAGAUCUUCCUGGAGCUGAUCAUCCUCUCAAGGACAGAGUAAAGAUUCGCUCCAGAAAUGUAUCACAUUGAGCAGUUGACACCAGAGGGACAAAAAUAUAUAUCAAAAAAUUUCUCCUCAUCUAAAGGAAUCCAGGGCAUCCUUGGGUUAUGUGGGAGGGAAUCAUGCUUGAUCCAGUUUCCUGAAUGAAUUUGUGUGUGGCUCCAGUCUGUUCCAAACCUUGUUCACAGUAGAGAGGUAUGGUAAGGAGUUCCUGUUGUCAGUCAGCUGAGGGUGUUAAACAUAGAAAAAUCCUUCUAUGUUACACUUGAGCCGUGUGUAAAUGUACCCUGUGUAUCUUUUUUUAAAAAAUGAACAUUUCUGCAUUUAAAUUAUAUUGUGUUUCUUUGUAUUGUUAACAAUGCAUCAGAACUGGAUUUUUUUUUUCUCAUCUGAACAUAAUAUAAAAUUUAAAGAGUAUUGUGAUAUCAAGCACUUUAACAUACAUAUCAGAGAAACUGACGUGGGUUUUUCAGGUUUUGGAGUACAUUUAAAUAUGACUUUUCAUGCUUUGUUCUUUACAAAUAAAACUGUGGGGUUGAUA